UUUAACCUGUGUAACAGUUCAAUAACCUGACAGUUUAACCUGUGUAACAGUUCAAUAACCUGACAGUUUAACCUGUGUAACAGUUCAAUAACCUGACAGUUUAACCUGUGUAACAGUUCAAUAACCUGACAGUUUAACCUGUGUAACAGUUCAAUAACCUGACAGUUUAACCUGUGUAACAGUUCAAUAACCUGACAGUUUAACCUGUGUAACAGUUCAAUAACCUGACAGUUUAACCUGUGUAACAGUUCAAUAACCUGACAGUUUAACCUGUGUAACAGUUCAAUAACCUGACAGUUUAACCUGUGUAACAGUUUAAUAACCUGACAGUUUAACCUGUGUAACAGUUUAAAGUGUAGUUUAUUAUCACCUACAGUUUUUUAUUUAUUUCUGUAUUGUUCAAUUAUGUACAUCUCUCAGCCGUCUGUUCGGAAAGUAUUCAGACCCCUUGACUUUUUCCACAUUUUGUUACGUUACAGCCUUAUUCUAAAAGUGAUUAAAUUGUUUUUCCCCCUCAUCAAUCUACACACAAUACACCAUAAUGACAAAGCAAGAACAGUUUUUAAAAAAAUGUUUGCUAAUUUAUAAAAAUAUAAAAAAUGGAAAUAUCACAUUUACAUAAGUAUUCAGACCCUUUACACAGUACUGUGUUUUAGCAACUUUGGCAUAAGGUUGAAGCAAUUGUGCGUAGAGCUCCGAGACAGUAUUGUGUCGAGUCACAGAUCUGAGGAAGGGUACCAAAACAUUGCUGCAGCAUGGAAAGUCCCCCAAAACAUAGUGACCUCCAUCAUUCUUAAAUGGAAGAAAUUUGGAACCACCAAAACUCUUCCUAGAACUGGCCGCCUGGACAAACUGAGCAAUCGGGGGAGAAAGGCCCUGGUCAGGGAGGUGACCAAGAACCCGACGGUCACUCUGACAGAGCUCCAGAGUUCCUCAAUGGAGAUGGGAGAACAUUCCAGAAGGAAAACCAUCUCUGCAUCACUCCACCAAUCAGGCCCUUAUGCUAGAGUGGCCAGACGGAAGCCACUCCUCAGUAAAAGGCACAUGAUAGCCUGCACCUAAAGGACUCUCAGACCAUGAGAAACAAGAUUCUCUGGUCUGAUGAAAGCAAGAUUGAACUCUGGCCUGAAUGCCAAGCGUCACGUAAGGAGGAAACCUGGCACCAUUUCUACGGUGAAGCAUGGUGGUGGCAGCAUCAUGCUGUGGGGAGGUUUUUCAGCAUCAGGGACUGGGAGACUAGUCAGGAUCGCAGGAAAGAUGAACGGAGCAAAGUACAGAGAAAUCAUUGAUGAAAACCUGCUCCAGAGCACUCAAGACCUCAGACUGGGGCGAAGGUUCACCUUCUAAUAUAACAACAACCCUAAGCACACAGCCAAGACAGCGCAGGUGUGGCUUUGGGACAAGUAUCUGAAUGUCCUUGAGUGGCCCAGCCAGAGCCCGGACAUGAACACGAUUGAACAUCUCUGGAGAGACCUGAAAAUAGCUGUGCAGCAAUGGUCCUCAUCUAACCUGACAGAGCUUGAUAGGAUCUGCAGAGAAGAAUGGGAGAAACUCUCCAAAUACAGGUGUGCCAAGCUUGUAGCAUCAUACCCAAGAAGACUCAAGGUUAUAAUUGCUGCCAAAGGUGCUGUGAGUCUUUCUGGGCGAGUCUCUUAAGAGCUUUCCACAGCUGGAUUGUGCAACAUUUGCCCAUUAUUGUUUUCAAAAUUCUUCAAGCUCUGUCAAAUUGGUUGUUGAUCAUUGCAAGACAAAAGGUCUUGCUAUAGAUUUUCAAGUAGCUGAUCUAGUGGUAGAAAGAGUUAUGUAUGUGGCCUUUACUGUAGCCUACAGGCUGGAGACAAAAAUAAAUGACCAUGGAAAUGAUACAGAAACUUUUUACAUCAUGCAGGUUUCUCCAAUCAAAUAGCCUGACCUAAAUGGCACCCAAUCAAAACAAAAUGCGCUGACAUGUUAACAAACAACAUAUUCUAAAAACGGGACAGGUCAAAGUCAAAUGGACAAUAUGGAAUGGACGGUCAGGCUACUCACAACUGCUGUCCAGGAGUUUCAUCCAGUGGGCUAAAUGUUCAUGAUCAGUUGUUUUGUGUUCGUAUCCAUACAGUUUUUACCAGCUGAUCAUAGCUAAAAAGAAAAUACUUCUGCAUUUCCCGCUGUGUAAACACAUUGCCAAUAGGUUCUUGAUAACUCCUCCUGAUAAAGUCGGGUAGCUGAUAUUCAGAGCUUAAAUAGACAAAUUGAUUAGUCACAGGAAUCCGGACUAAUAAAGCCAAUGCAACGGCCUGUUUUUAAAAAACAGUGGGCCUACCACAUGGAUGGGCAUUCAUAAAAUUCCAUUGCUAGCUGACAUGGUAGGCUACACCCCAGUAAGCACGGACUGAGGCCAACAUCUUUUUUUGGUCCUGUUCGGACCAGCUGUCUUUUUUGGUGUUUUACAAACGGUAGGCCAACCCCUCUUUUACGCUUCUGCUACUCUCUGUUCAUCAUAUAUGCAUAGUCACUUUAACCAUAUGUACAUGUACAUACUACCUCAAUCAGCCUGACUAACCGGUGUCUGUAUGUAGCCUGGCUACUUUUAUAGCCUCGCUACUGUAUAUAGCCGGUCUUUUUACUGUUGUUUUAUUUCUUUACUUACCUAUUGUUCACCUAACACCUUUUUUGCACUAUUGGUUAGAGCCUGUAAGUAAGCAUUUCACUGUAAGGUCUACACCUGUUGUACUCGGCGCACGUGACAAAUAAGCUUUGAUUUGAUAUAGAUGGCCAUUCCUAAAAUGUAAUUUCAGGUGACACUGUAGGCUAUACUUCAGUAAGAACGGACUGACGCCUUUUGGACAUCUUUUUUUGGUCCUGUCCAGACUGGAUGUAUUUUUUUGGUCCUGUCCAGACUGGAUGUCUUUUUUUGGUCCUGUCCAGACUGGAUGUCUUUUUUUGGUCCUGUCCAGACUGGAUGUCUUUUUUUGGUCCUGUCCAGACUGGAUGUCUUUUUUUGGUCCUGUCCAGACUGGAUGUCUUUUUUUGGUCCUGUCCAGACUGGAUGUCUUUUUUUGGUCCUGUCCAGACUGGAUGUCUUUUUUUGGUCCUGUCCAGACUGUCUUUUUUUGGUCCUGUCCAGACUGGAUGUCUUUUUUUGGUCCUGUCCAGACUGGAUGUCUUUUUUUGGUGCAGACGUCUAUGAUUAGUUCAGAUUUUGUCUGGUCAAGACCAGCCUUGAUUUGGCCCAAACAUAGAUAAAAUUAUGUCUAUACAUUAUGUCUUUUCAACUCUAAUUCAGAACUGAAAAUGAACCUGAUUUCAAUGUCCAGAAAAUACGUAUUUCAACAUCUGGAAAAUACUUAUUUUCACCUUUCAUUCAGAACCUAAAUGGAACCGAACUUCAACGUCUGGAAAAAUAAGUAUUUUAGACGUCUUUUCAAUGUAAUUUUGAUUACUGGGACUAUUCUUGUAUGGGUGGCAAUUUUCUUUUGUCUGGCCUAGGAUGGCAGAAUGGCCAGGACUGGCCCUGGUCACAACCCUGCCCACUGACAUCCAGAUGGGGCGAGCCAUAUUGUGCUGCUGUCAUUAUUUUUUAUAUCCUAGUCAGAGGAAACAGAGGACAUGGCAGAUCUUUGUCUAAUUGUCUCCUUCCUGUCACAGGAUGAAACGUCAUCACUGUGCUGACAUCCCCACUACACACAAUAUUGUAUGACUCUAUUGUCUAUGUGUAAGACUCUAUUGUAUAUGUGUAUGGCUCUAUUGUCCAUGAUUAGGCUUGUAUUGGAUGGAUGCAGCUUUACCCCAGACUAAAAGCUGAGCGUGUUUAGAGGCAAUUUGUGUUGUAUAGAAUGAACACAGUUGCCAUAAUUGCAAUAUGGUUAUUAUUGGCUCCAAGGUCAUGUAGCCUCAUCAUCAUCAUUUGGCUGCAUGAUAAUCAACCAUAAGCUUCCUCAAGUUGCUAAGGUGGUUGAAAGCCACUUGUCUUCAUCCAUCCCCCAUCAGGCCUUGAAUGUAUGUGAGAUAUGUUCACUGGUGCUGUGGUCUUUUUCUACCAAGUGAUGGAUUGUAAAGGGUAUAUCACUUUGCAGGCUUUUUGCUCUUCAUGUAGAAAAAAACAGGCGCCAAGCCUUAAAUAACACACCUGAUUCAACUGAAAUCUUGAUUAAAGAAUAUGAUAUAUGUUGAGACAGGUGUCAUACUGCUUGGACUGGAGGUCAGGGCCACGGCUUUAGACUAGAUUCUAGACACAUACGUCUGUUUGACUUUGUAUGUUAGCUCAACAGCACUGAAUAGUCUUGGAACCACAGGGCUAAAACAUUCAGCCAUGCAGGAACCAAACUGGCAUAUUACAAACAUCCUGAUGACAGUUUAAGAUGUUGUUGGUGGUAUUUGGGUUCAUCUUUCUGACAUGUAGCAGACAGCAGUACAAGGCCAUGGGUCAUUUCCUGCUCAUUUACAUAGUUUGGACUUGACAGCAGUGUUUGGUCUUCAUCGUGGUUCAAGUUCUUAGAUGGUUCAUGAGAUUUGUACAGAGAUAGGUACAUAGUACAGCCACUGUGUGAGAUGAUGAAACAUUGUCCACUAGUGAAAACUUUUUCACCUGGUGUAAAAUGUUGUUGUACAGUAUAAAAUGGUAUCUGUUUUAUAAGUACACUACUGUUCAAAAGUUUGGGGUUACUUAGAAUGUCCUUGUUUUUGAAAGAAAAUUUAAAAAAAAGUCCAUUAAAAUAACAUAAAAUUGAUCAGAAAUACAGUGUAGACAAUGUUAAUGUUGUAAAUUACUAUUGUAGCUGGAAACAGAUGAUUUUAAUGGAAUAUCUACAUAGGUGUACAGAGGCCGUUAUCAGCAACCAUCACCCCUGUUUUCCAAUGACAUGUUGUGUUAGCUAAUCCAAGUUGAUCAUUUUAAAAGGCUAAUUGAUCAUUAGAAACCCCUUUUCCAAUUAUGUUAGCAUAGCUGAAAACUGUUGUACUGAUUAAAGAAGCAAUAAAACUGGCCUUCUUUAGACUAGUUGAGUAUCUGAAGCAUCAGCAUUUGUGGGUUCGAUUACAGGCUCAAAAUGGCCAGAAACAAAUAACUUUCUUCUGAAACUUGUCAGUUUAUUCUUGUUCUGAGAAAUGAAGGCUAUUCCAUGCGAGAAAUUGUCAUGAAACUGAAGAUCUCGUACAACGUUGUGUACUAUGUUCAAUAUAUGCAUCAUAAUGCAUAUCAUCAGUUUAGCAGCACUGAAAAUAACGCACUGUUUGAACUUCAAGAUCUGUCUCAGAAGUGUACGCGCCUCCCCGCGUCUCUCUCACUGUGAAAGGGCGGGGGUGGAGAGAGGAGGCAAGAAAAAGGAAUUGUUUCCAAUCCUCGCAUUCAUCAACAUUAGCAGCAAUUGUAGCUGUAACGGUAAUGAUGUGUAUGAUGAUACCAAGGCAGGACUUGUGUCCUUAGGAUAAUAACGACAGAUGUAGAACCCUCAAGCCAAAUUGUCUACAGAUGCAACCCAGCACAGAUGUGGUCAAAUACGAUACACAUCACUCAUCACUUGCAUCUGCCUGUCAACGUUCUUUCGAAGUCUUUUUUUGUCUCACAUUUAAUAUCUCAUUGCAAGCCACUGGGCACAGACGUAAGUUCAACAUCUAGUUUCGAUUUACAUUUGCUUGAGUUGUCAAUUAACGUGAAUUGAACGUGAAAUCAACCGGAGAAAAUAAAUUCCCUUACGUUGUUGGCGUUUUGCAAAUCUUGAAAUGACGUGGAAACAACGUUGAGUCAUCCAGUUGUUGCCCAGUGGGAAGAUUUAUUUUAUUUGAUCGUUUGUCUGUUUAGGGUGGGACAUUGUAAAAGAGGGCCAGAGAGAGAGAGAGACAGGGAGAGAAUAGUCCAGAUGUGACGCGCUGCCGGACGAGCCAGACACGACGAUCCAGUGUUGUUGAUGAAGAAUAGAAAAUGUUCUACCAUCGAGGGAAAGUCUGCGCUAUUGACGGGCUUUCUCAUUUAUAACGGGUGUAUGUGUGUGUCUGGUUAACCGUCAGAGGUGAAGGAUCAGAGGUCACAGCAGGUCGGAGGCUAGAGGUCAGGGGUCAUGUCUACUGUGGCAUUCCAGAACCUUCCUCUCAACAUUUAUAUGGUCAUCUUCGGGACCGGAGUCUUCGUCUUCGUCCUGAGCCUCAUCUUCUGCUGUUACUUCAUCAGUAAACUGAGGCACCAGGCCCAACGAGAGAGGUUUGGAUAUAAAGCGGUGGUGUUCAAAGGGGAUACAAAGAAACUCAAUCUACACGGGCAGACAUGUGCUGUGUGCUUGGAGGACUUCAGAGUGAAAGAUGAGCUAGGAGUGUUGCCAUGCCAACAUGCCUUUCACCGGAGAUGCCUGGUGAAGUGGCUGGAGGUGCGCUGUGUGUGUCCCAUGUGUAACAAGCACAUCGCUGGGCCACCUGAACAACGCCACAGCCUAGGCACACUGCUGGAUGAACUGGUGUAGUGGGUUGCUAUGGCGAUACAGCUGGAAAUGAGUGGUGUAGCAAGUUGCUAUGACGAUGCAGCUGGAAAGGACUGGUGUAGCCCGUUGCUAUGACGAUACAGCUGGAACGGACUAGUGUAGGAUGUUGCUAUGGUGGUACGACCGGAACAGACUGGUUUAGAGGUCCCGGAACGGACUAUACAUUGCUGAAGCAAAAUGACCUGACAAUCUGUUAUUAGGGACCAGUGACGAAACCACAUGACACCAUAACUAUAGGGAAACAUAGCUUCAGACUUCACACACUCAUGUAUUGAUAAGGAGAUGGGACACACGUGUGGCAGGUAGCCUAUCAGUUAGAGCUUUGGGCCAGGUUGCUUGUUUGAAUCCCCGAGCUGACAAGGUGUAAGUCUGUCGACGUGCUCUUGAAAAAGCCACUUAACCCUAAUUGCUCCAGGGUUGCUGUUGAUAACGCCAGACCCUGGCUGUGACCCCACUCUCUGAGGGGGUCUCAGGGAGAGUUGGGAUAUGCAAAAAAACAAAUGAUAUAGGACAAAUAUAAGCACCCACCAAAUUAUUACCAUUAUGGGUACUGUAGUAUGUCAUGCUACGCCUUAUCAUGUAGAAUCAGUAAUUUAAUGACUGACUGCCCGAGCCUCUACAGUACGCACUCCACCAGUAAGCCCACUUUUCAACAGACUUCUUCAUGAAGAAAGGAUUCACAAAGCCACAAAAUCUGGGACUAAAACUCCACUCUCAACCCUCAGUCACUGUCUGGAAGAGGGGCUACCUGUGAAAAGAGAACUUGAGAACUCAAGGGCUGUAUUGUUGAACGCCCAGAUAGAAAUAUAUGAUGUAGAACAGACAUCCCUUUCUGAAAUCUGGAGUGAAGAAUCGUUUCAGCUCUAUUCAUGGCAUAUCUAUCUGCAAUGUCCAGUAUGUUACACCUUGGGGAUGAUGACAUACAGGUAUCAUUAUUGUGACACAGUCUUUCCUAUGUCACAUGUCUGUCUGUCUGUCUGUCAGGUCUGUGUGUGUCAGGUUUGCAUCCUGCUUAUAUUAAGUGGGUGUGACAUACACUCCUGUUUUGAACUGUAGGAGGGACCAACAACUACAUUUUUUAUCCUGACUAGUAUUUCCUUGCCAAACAAGCCUUUCCAGUUAAUUAUAUUUAAAGUGAAGGGAGAUUUGGAACCAUUCCUUUCUGUGUGGUAACGUGUACUGAAGCAAAGGCACUGCCCAACGGCAAAGUAAACAUUCCCCAUGUGUACAAUAUCUGCUUUUGUAAAAAUGAGAAAAUACAAUGUGUCCUGUUUUGAUCCAUGUCCAA